AUGGACGCGGCCAUCUGGAUCUACCAGUUCCGGCUGAUCGUGCUGGGCGACUCCACCGUGGGCAAGUCGUGCCUGCUGCACCGCUUCACCGAGGGCCGCUUCCCCGGGCCGCUGCACUGCGACCCCACCGUGGGGGUGGACUUCUUCUCCCGCCUCGUGGAGAUCGAGCCCGGCAAGAGGGUCAAGCUGCAGCUGUGGGACACGGCGGGGCAGGAGCGCUUCAGAUCAAUAACACGAUCUUAUUACCGCAAUUCUGUUGGUGGCCUACUGGUGUUUGACAUCACAAACCGGCGAUCUUUUGAACAUGUGAAAGACUGGCUAGGAGAAGCUAAAAUGCAUGUACAGCCUUUUCGAAUUGUAUUUCUGUUAGUAGGACAUAAAUGCGACUUAGUGUCACAGCGACAGGUUACAAGAGAAGAAGCUGAAAAACUGUCAUCUGACUGUGGUAUGAAAUACAUAGAAACCUCUGCGAAAGAUGCCACAAACGUUGAGGAAUCAUUUACGAUUCUUACCCGAGACAUAUAUGAACUUGUAAAAAAAGGAGAAAUUUCUAUACAGGAUGGAUGGGAUGGUGUUAAGAGUGGCUUUGUUCCAAAUGUUGUACAUUCAUCAGAGGAGGCUGUAAAGCCUAAAAGACGAUGCAUCUGCUAAAUUCAUAGCAUGCCAAAGAACACAUCAGGUGUUCAUAGAAUGAUGCCAACAUAAAUAAUUGUGAACAAUAAUUUAAAAGAAUGUAUUAGAUCUGAUCAUAAAUUGGUAAUUUUGUAUCAUUCUAAUUCAUAACUAAUUUCGUCUAUAACUUCACGAAACUUAAAUUCCUUUUUUUUUACACAGUACAGUAACUUAGAGAGGUCUUCAAGAAAAGAAAUGAUAUGAAAGGAAAAUGAAUGUUGUAUGCCAGAUUCUGAGAAGUUGCAAUAACCAUCAUGAUAACAUCCUCUUUCAGGCUUCAUAUUUUAAAUAGAUCAUAAAAUCAAGCCUCUGACCAUAAGCUAGGUUCUGACAAGGCUUUAAUUCAUCCAACUUAGUCUUAGACAGGAAAAUAUUAAAACCUAUAUUUUUUUAAUAUCAUUAUUUACUUUAGGAAAGACAGCGAGGGUUUAAGAAUUCUGUAAAAUAUCAUAAUAUGAAUAAGACUGAAGAAAGCAAACUGAAAGGACGUUUUGAUAAGACUGUGAAUACAAGCCUCACUAAAGAAAAAUAAUGUAUUAGAGAAGACUACUAUAUUUGUAUAUAAAGUGGAGAAUAGAAGAAAUGCAGUUUAGUGUGAAAUAUUUUAUGAAUCACCAGUGGAACUAGAUGUAACACAACAAAGAGUAGAGCUAUUAUUCAAUAUGCAGAUAGAAUGGAUUUCCCAACUAUGAAGAUACAUGCUGUAAAAUGCUUAUCACAGCUGGUAGCCUAAUAUUUGCUGGGCCAGAUCCUCAGCUUGUGGAAACCAUCUUAUGUGUAAAUCCAGAGGGAUACACUGAUUUAUACACGAUGAAAACUUCCCCUUAGCUCUAGAGAAUCAUUCUAUUUCUAAUUAGGAGUAAAAUGCAAGAACUUAUUUAGGGCUAUGUGCUAAGGGCACUUAUGCCCAGAUGAUGGAUAGAAUAAGGAUUGGUUUAUUUAGGAAGUGGUCCACAGAAUAAAAGAUGUUGGCAGUUUAGCAUUUGGGAAAUGAGAUGUUGGGGGAGACAGUUCAUAAAAGAAUUCCUCUCUCACGACACAGCCGUGGAAUAAAAAGUUUGAGGAUCCAUAUUCUAAUAAACAAAGAACACAGAAUAAAUAAUGAUGACCAGGGGAUGGUUUUGCAAGUAUAGUGCAUUUGACUGAUUUGGGGCUCACCUCACCAUUCCCAAUGGGCACAAUACAUACUCGCUUUGUAUAAAUAUGCCCCUAUGUGUGUAGCAUAUAAAUGCCAGAACACACCAUCUCUCUUUUGCUUGGGGACGUUUAGUUGGAGUGCUCAUCACCUGUGAGUUAGCUAAUAGUUAAUAAGGAUGAACUGUUAUCAUGCAGUUCUUCAGUUCCAGUAGCAGGCAGUCAUAUCUGUCUAGUUUAACUUUUUAUUUUGAAUGAUAAAUAUCAUAGCAAUUCUGAGGAAAAUGUAUAACUAAGCUCUUCUAAAAGCCUCUUGAAAACAUCCUAGGGUAUAUAGAGAGGUGUGUUUAAUACUGAUCAUUUUGUUCGUUGUGGGCCUGAAUCAACUCCAUUACAACAUCACUAAUUUCAGAGGGAGCUGAAGUGAACUUCAAGGGCCUGAGCCUCAUUUAUAUUAAGGCCCCUUUACACUGUCAGGGUAAGGGAAAGGGGCUUUACCAUAAAUGCGAAUCCAGAGCUGCAACUUUAGUGCCAUACAAGCUAUCUGCAAUAUGCCAUGAGCCAGCCUAUCUCUGUGUGUUACAUACUGGUAGAGACACUGACUCUGAUUUUUCCACAGACUUUUAGUCAUUUACAUCUGUGCCAUUCUGAUUUGGUAGCAUUUUACACUCUUUUUGCACAAAAAUAAAUGACUACAGAAGGUGCAAGACAGUGCAGAAUAAAGCCCUAUAUAUUUGUACCUGAACACCAUGUAAAAUUAGCCCUUUGUUAAUAUCAACACACUUGCCUUACAUAUCUUAAAGUAUUUCCUUACAGUUUUUAAGGGAGGUAAAGCAGUGGAUUGGGAAUUAAGAAACACAGAUUAUGUUCCUGAUUCUGCUGUGAGACCAAAAAGCAAGACAUUAAAUACUCUGUGCCUCAGUUUCCUUAUUUCUAAAAUAGGGAUAAUAAUUCUUACUAAUUUUUGUAAAGACCAUUUAGAUGGUCUUUGGGCUGAAAUCCUUUUUUCCUGUGUGAGUGAAUAGCAAACAGAAUGAUGGGUCCUGAGGCCAGUUCAGUAUAGUCCAUUAGACCUUCUGAGCUUGCCAGACUUGCAACAAAUUUGGUUAAAAACAGUACUGCCUACCUUUUUACCCAUUUUCUGGUGGGUAGAGCACUUACCUAGGUACUGUCUGUAAUCUAGGUCUCUCACAGCCUAGGUAAGUGCUGUAACAACUAGAAAAUAGGGAAACAUUUAGACAUCACCAAUUUUUAACUGAGUUUGAUGCAAGUUUGGCAAGUGCAAAACAAGCCUAAUAAAUAAGAUCCCUUCCGAUAUUUAAGGUGCCUCAUCAGGAUCAAAGUGGAUUUGCCUAAAUCCUGUUUAGUGUCUCUCAAACUGGAUUCCAUUCCUGGAAAUUAUACUUUUUAGCUGCAAAAAAUAAUUACACAGUUGAAAGGAGCUGUGUAAGUAUUCAGCGUUAUUUUAAGACUACGUUUCAUUGCACAUACUUCCAGCUAAAGCAAUUCUGUGUGUGUGUGUGUGUGUGUGUGUGUGUGUGUGAGAG